AUGUCGGACGACGGAGGGACAGUCAGCUUGGAUCCGUGGACCAAGAAGGACAAGAAAGAUAUUGAAACCCGGAGGAGGGACUUGGAGAAAUUAGCCGGCUGGAAAAAGACCUAUACCUAUAGGCAAAUCGCGUCGCUAAGUGACCGGAUCAGCUCUCGUAAUCAAGACGAGGAAGAGCAGUAUGCCGAAGAAGGGCCGCAAGAGGUCGCCCCACCUGAGACGGGGGCAACAUCCUCCGGGCAGACGACGAGGACGCCCAUCGAGAGUUCCAGGAGGGGGAGCUCCUCCGGCCGACCCUCAGGUCACUUGAAGAGGAAAAGGGGGGUCUCGGAGGUUGUGGAGGUGGAUCCGCUAUCUUUCAGCCUCCCAGUGAUCCAUGAGUUGUCCUCCCUUGAUGAUCUUCUGAAAGAAGGAUAUGCAGAUCCGGGUCGGGGCACCGAUUUAUUUGAGGACAUACCCGCGGGCCAUGCUCUACUAACCUUCGACCCUCCUCGGGUUGAAUGCUCUGAGUUACCCGAGACCGGAGCAAUGAGGCUGGAGGACGGCAUGCGACAGGCCGUGCAGGCAGUCAACACGUUUGUGACAGUAUGCGCGGGUUUGAGAGAGCAGCUGGCGUCGGCCCAGAAGACGGUCACGAAUGGAAAGUUUGCUGGCCACGAGUGUCCCGAAGUCCUGACUGGACACGUACAUCUUGUGAAUGACGUCGAGGAGCAGAACGCGCUGGUCAAAGGCUCGUUCAAUUUUGUUCCUGGAAUCCAAUUCAGUGCUUUUCAUGACGUCAAGGCUCAACAAGGAGUGUCCAUGUUAGCCGAUCUUGCUGGUCCUGCUUUAAAAUUAGAGGUGGCAUCUGUUGUUCCUUCUAUUGGCUUGCCUCGAUCAACACUUAAAUUUCUAGCUGCUGAAGUUUCACUUGAAGAGAGAGACGAGUAUGAGGAAGAAGAGUCGAAGAAAAGUUUAUCUGUUUCUGGGAUUCUAAAGCAUAACGUCCUUAAUGGGAUUUGUACUGCAGAAUUUAACGACGAAAAUUUGAGCUUGCGCUAUGCCUAUAAGGAUGAGCAAAUGACAUUUAUUCCCCGAGUUUCUCUGCCUUCCAAUGCAUUAUCGUUUGCUUUUAAGCGUCAGUUUGGCCCUUCAGACAAGUUGAGUUAUUGGUAUAAUUUUGAUUCGAACUGCUGGAAUGCAGUGUAUAAGCACACAGUUGGUAAUGAUUUUAAGUUUAAAUCGAUACAACCACCAUUGUAUCAAUUGAUUUUUAUGCAAUAA